CUUUGAUUGUGAAGAUAUGUGACCACAGGAUGAAAAUACUAGCAAGGACCAUGUUUUGAGGGCUUGCGGGCCUCCCUGUCCCCAAUGGCGCAGGUGCCGGGAGAAGUGGACAACAUGGAAGGCCUGAUGGCCUCUAACAACAACAACCCUGCAGCCCGCUGGGAGAGUCCGGAUCGGGGCUGGGAUCGGGAGCAGCCCGCGGCCUCCACCGCAGCUGCCUCCCUGUUUGAGUGCUCCCGGAUCAAGGCCUUGGCAGAUGAGCGGGAGGCCGUGCAGAAGAAAACUUUUACCAAGUGGGUGAACUCGCACCUCGCCCGCGUUGGAUGCCACAUCGGGGACCUCUAUGCGGACCUCCGGGACGGCUUCGUGCUCACUCGGCUCCUGGAAGUGCUGUCGGGGGAGCAGCUGCCCAGGCCCACUCGCGGUCGCAUGAGGAUCCACUCUCUGGAAAACGUGGACAAGGCUCUGCAGUUUCUGAAGGAGCAGCGCGUGCACCUGGAGAACGUGGGCUCGCAUGACAUCGUGGACGGGAACCACCGACUGACCCUGGGCUUGGUCUGGACCAUCAUCCUGCGCUUCCAGAUUCAAGUCAUCAAAAUCGAGACUGAGGACAACAGAGAGACGCGUUCUGCCAAGGAUGCACUGCUCUUGUGGUGUCAGAUGAAGACAGCUGGUUACCCUGAGGUAAACAUCCAGAAUUUCACCACGAGCUGGCGAGACGGCUUGGCCUUCAAUGCCCUCAUUCACCGGCACAGGCCCGACCUCGUGGACUUCAGCAAACUCACCAAGUCCAAUGCCAACUACAACCUGCAGAGAGCCUUCCGCACAGCUGAACAGCACCUGGGGCUGGCACGUCUGCUGGACCCUGAGGAUGUCAACAUGGAGGCUCCAGAUGAGAAGUCUAUCAUCACCUAUGUGGUCUCUUUCUACCACUAUUUCUCCAAGAUGAAGGCUCUGGCUGUGGAGGGGAAGCGGAUUGGGAAGGUCCUGGACCAGGUGUUGGAGGUGGGGAAGAUCAUCGAGCACUAUGAAGAGCUGGCUGCAGAGCUGCUGGCCUGGAUCCACCGCACCGUGGGCCUCAUCAGCAACCAGAAGUUCGCCAACUCGUUGAGCGGGGUGCAGCAGCAGCUUCAGGCCUUCACGGCCUACUGCACUCUGGAGAAGCCCGUCAAGUUUCAGGAGAAGGGGAACCUGGAGGUGCUGCUUUUCAGCAUCCAGAGCAAAUUGCGAGCCUGCAACCGUCGCCUCUAUGUGCCUCGGGAGGGCUGCGGCAUCUGGGAUAUCGACAAGGCCUGGGGCCAGCUGGAGAAGGCAGAGCAUGAGCGGGAGGCAGCCCUGCGGGCUGAGCUGAUCCGGCAGGAGAAGCUGGAACUACUGGCCCAGAGGUUUGACCACAAGGUGGCCAUGAGGGAGAGCUGGCUGAACGAGAACCAGCGCUUGGUAUCCCAGGACAACUUUGGCUAUGAAUUGCCGGCAGUGGAGGCAGCCAUGAAGAAACACGAGGCGAUUGAGGCGGACAUUGCAGCCUAUGAGGAGCGGGUGCAGGGUGUGGCGGAGCUGGCCCAGGCAUUGGCCAGUGAGGGCUACUAUGAUGCCCGGCGGGUGGCAGCCCAACGUGACAGUGUCCUGCGCCAGUGGGCCCUGCUAACUGGGCUGGUCGGUGCCCGGCGGACACGGCUUGAACAGAACCUGGCCCUGCAGAAGGUCUUCCAGGAGAUGGUGUACAUGGUGGACUGGAUGGAGGAGAUGCAGGCUCAGCUGCUGUCCCGGGAGUGCGGACAGCACCUGGUGGAGGCUGAGGACCUGUUGCAGAAGCAUGGACUGCUGGAGGGGGACAUCGCUGCCCAGAGCGAGCGGGUGGAGGCCCUCAAUGCUGCCGCCCUGCGUUUUUCCCAGCUGCAGGGCUACCAGCCCUGCGAUCCGCAGGUCAUUUGCAACCGCGUGAACCACGUGCAUGGCUGUCUGGCGGAGCUGCAGGAGCAGGCGGCGAGGCGGCGCGCGGAGCUGGACGCCUCGAGGAGCUUGUGGGCGCUGCUUCAGGAGCUGGAGGAGGCGGAGAGCUGGGCCCGCGACAAGGAGCGACUCCUAGAGGCGACGGGAGGCGGCGGGGCGGGCGCAGCGGGCGGCGCUCACGACCUGUCUAGCACAGCGCGCCUCCUAGCACAGCACAAGAUUCUGCAGGGCGAGCUGGGCGGGCGACGGGCGCUGCUGCAACAGGCCCUGCGGCGCGGCGAGGAGCUGGCCACGGCCGGUGGCGCAGAGGGCCCGGGCGCCGAGACGGUGCACCUGGCGGGCUUGGCGGAGCGCGCGGCGAGCGCGCGGCGGCGCUGGCAGCGUUUGGAGGAGGCGGCAGCGAGGCGCGAGCGGCGGCUACAGGAGGCGCGAGCGCUGCAUCAGUUCGGCGCUGACCUCGAUGGGCUCCUGGACUGGCUGCGGGACGCCUAUCGCUUAGCAGCUGCGGGCGACUUCGGCCACGACGAGGCGUCCAGCCGCCGCCUGGCGCGCCAGCAUCGUGCGCUCACCGGAGAGGUGGAGGCGCAUCGGGGGCACGUGGGUGGCCUGCGGCGUCAGCUGGCGACACUGGGUGGCGCUAGCGGCGCCGGGCCAAUGGUGGUGGCACUCCAGGUGCGCGUGGUGGAGGCCGAGCAGCUGUUCGCCGAGGUGACGGAGGUGGCUGCUCUGCGGCGCCAGUGGCUGCGCGAUGCCCUCGCUGUCUAUCGCAUGUUCGGCGAGGUGCACGCGUGCGAGCUGUGGAUCGGAGAGAAGGAACAAUGGUUGCUCGCCAUGCGCGUCCCCGAUUCACUCGACGACGUCGAGGUGGUGCAGCACCGAUUUGAGAGUCUGGACCAGGAGAUGAACAGUCUGAUGGGUCGUGUCCUGGGAGUGAACCACACAGUCCAGGAGCUGGUGGAAGGGGGCCACCCCAGCUCAGAUGAGGUGCGCUCCUGCCAGGACCACCUCAACAGCAGGUGGAACCGCAUCGUGGAGCUGGUGGAACAGCGUAAAGAAGAGGUGAGCGCGGUGCUGCUUGUGGAGAACCACGUGCUGGAGGUCGCUGAGGUGCGCGCCCAGGUGCGCGAGAAGCGGAGGGCUGUGGAGAGCGCGCCCCGCGCAGGCGGCGCCUUGCAAUGGCGACUUAGUGGCCUGGAGGCGGCUCUGCAAGCGCUGGAGCCUCGCCAGGCCGCCCUCCUGGAGGAGGCAGCGCUCCUGGCCGCGCGCUUCCCCGCGCAGGCUGGGCGGCUGCACCAGGGUGCGGAAGAACUGGGUGCCGAGUGGGGCGCGCUGGCCAGCGCUGCUCAGGCCUGUGGCGAGGCUGUGGCGGCGGCCGGGCGCCUGCAGCGCUUCCUGCACGACCUGGACGCUUUCCUGGACUGGCUGGUGCGCGCCCAGGAGGCGGCGGGCGGCGACGAGGGACCCCUGCCAGGCAGCCUGGAAGAAGCGGACGCCUUGCUGGCGCGCCACGCGGCGCUCAAGGAGGAAGUGGACCAGCGCGAGGAGGACUAUGCGCACAUCGUGGCGGCCAGCGAGGCGCUGCUGGCAGCCGACGGCGCAGAGCUGGGUCCAGGGCUGGCGCUCGACGAGUGGCUGCCGCAUCUCGAACUUGGCUGGCACAAGCUGCUGGGCUUGUGGGAGGCGCGCAGGGAGGCGCUGGUCCAGGCACACGUCUACCAGCUCUUCCUGCGAGACUUACGCCAGGCGCUUGCUGUGCUGCGCAACCAGGAGAUGGCACUGUCGGGUCUGGAGCUCCCCGGCACAGUGGAGUCCGUGGAGGAGGCGUUGAAACAGCACAGGGAUUUUCUCACCACAAUGGAGCUGAACCAGCAAAAGAUGCAGGUGGCUAUGCAGGCUGCGGAGGGCCUGCUGAGGCAGGGCAACGUCUACGGGGAGCAGGCCCAGGAGGCUGUGACCCGGCUGCUGAAGAAGAGCCAAGAAAACCAACUUCGGGCCCAGCAGUGGAUGGAGAAGCUACACGACCAACUUGAGCUGCAGCACUUCCUCAGAGACUGUCACGAGCUGGAUGGCUGGAUCCAUGAGAAGAUGCUGAUGGCGCGAGAUGGCACACGGGAAGACGGCCACAAGCUGCAUAAGAGAUGGCUCCGGCACCAGGCAUUCAUGGCAGAGCUGGCUCAGAAUAAAGAGUGGCUGGAGAAGAUCGAAAGGGAGGGCCAGCAACUGAUGCAGGAGAAGCCGGAGCUGGCGGCCUCGGUGCGGAAGAAGCUGGGUGAGAUCCGGCAGUGCUGGGCCGAGCUGGAGAGCACCACCCAGGCCAAGGCCCGGCAGCUCUUUGAGGCCAGCAAGGCCGACCAGCUGGUACAGAGCUUCGCUGAGCUGGACAAGAAGCUCCUUCACAUGGAAAGCCAGCUGCAAGACGUGGACCCUGGUGGGGACCUGGCUACUGUCAACAGCCAGCUCAAGAAGCUGCAGUCGAUGGAGUCACAAGUGGAAGAGUGGUACCGCGAGGUGGGAGAGUUGCAGGCGCAGACGGCAGCGCUGCCACUGGAGCCCGCGAGCAAGGAGCUGGUCGGAGAACGGCAGAACGCUGUGGGCGAGCGCCUGGUGCGCCUGCUCGAGCCGUUGCAGGAGCGCCGCCGCCUGCUGCUCGCUUCCAAGGAGCUGCACCAGGUGGCGCACGACCUCGACGACGAGCUGGCAUGGGUCCAGGAGCGGCUGCCACUGGCCAUGCAGAUGGAGCGGGGCAGUGGUUUGCAGGCUGUCCAGCAGCACAUCAAAAAGAACCAGGGCCUGAGGCGGGAGAUCCAGGCGCACGGGCCGCGCUUGGAGGAGGUGCUGGAGCGCGCGGGCGCGCUGGCGGCGCUGCGCAGUCCAGAGGCGGAGGCCGUGCGCCGCGGCCAGGAGCAGCUGCAGAGCGCCUGGGUGGGACUGCGCGAGGCGGCUGAGCGGCGGCAGCAGGUGCUGGACGCCGCCUUCCAGGUGGAGCAGUACUACUUCGACAUGGCUGAGGUGGAAGCAUGGCUGGGCGAGCAGGAGGUGCUCAUGAUGAGUGAGGACAAGGGCAAGGACGAACAGAGCACCCUGCAGUUGCUCAAGAAGCACCUGCAGCUGGAGCAGGGCGUGGAGAACUAUGAGGAAAGCAUCGCGCAGCUGUCGCGCCAGUGUCGGGCGCUGCUGGAGAUGGGGCACCCGGACAGUGAGCAGAUCAGCCGGCGGCAGUCUCAGGUGGACCGCUUGUACGUGGCACUCAAAGAGCUGGGCGAGGAGCGCAGGGUGAGCCUGGAGCAGCAGUACUGGCUGUACCAGCUCAGCCGCCAGGUGGACGAGCUGGAGCACUGGAUUGCAGAGAAGGAGGUGGUGGCCGGCUCACCUGAGCUUGGCCAGGACUUUGAGCAUGUCACGGUGCUGCAGGAGAAAUUCUCCGAGUUUGCCAAUGAGACCAGCACUGCAGGGCGGGAGCGACUGGCGGCCGUGAACCAGAUGGUGGACGAGCUGAUUGAGUGUGGUCACACAGCUGCGGCCACCAUGGCCGAGUGGAAGGACGGGCUGAACGAGGCCUGGGCCGAGCUGCUGGAGCUCAUGGGCACGCGGGCCCAGCUGCUGGCAGCCUCUCGGGAACUGCAUAAGUUCUUCAGUGACGCCAGGGAGCUUCAGGGACAGAUUGAAGAGAAGCGGAGGCGGCUGCCCCGCCUGACUGCUCCGCCUGAGCCGAGACCCAGUGCCAGCUCCAUGCAGCGGACUCUGAGAGCCUUUGAGCAUGACCUACAGCUCCUCGUGUCCCAGGUGCGGCAGCUGCAGGAGGGGGCAGCACAGCUGCGGACAGUGUAUGCAGGGGAGCACGCGGAGGCCAUCGCCAGCCGGGAGCAGGAGGUGAUGCAGGGCUGGAAGGAGCUGCUGGCAGCCUGCGAGGACGCCCGCCUGCACGUCAGCUCCACGGCCGACGCCCUGCGGUUCCACAGCCAGGCCCGGGACCUGCUCUCCUGGAUGGAUGGCAUCUCUGGGCAGAUUGGGGCAGCUGACAAGCCCAGGGAUGUGUCGUCGGUGGAGGUGCUCAUGAACUACCACCAGGGCCUGAAGACCGAGCUGGAGGCACGGGCGCCUGAGCUAACGGCCUGCCAGGAGCUGGGCCGCUCUCUGCUGCUCAACAAGAGUGCCAUGGCUGACGAGGUGGGGAGGGGUGCAGGGGGUGCCCCUCUGCCAUCCAUGUCCACUGGGGUGGGAGCCACCCUGAUUCCUCUCCUGCCCACCCACCACUCUCAGAUCCAGGCCCAGCUGGACAAGCUGGAAACCAGGAAGGAGGAGGUGUCGGACAAGUGGGACCGCCACUGGGAGUGGCUGCAGCAGAUGCUGGAGGUGCACCAAUUUGCCCAGGAGGCGGUGGUGGCAGAUGCGUGGCUGACAGCGCAAGAGCCACUCCUGCAGAGCCGGGAGCUGGGCAGCAGUGUGGACGAGGUGGAGCAACUUAUCCGGCGCCACGAGGCCUUCCGCAAAGCAGCUGCAGCCUGGGAAGAAAGAUUCAGCUCUCUACGGCGCCUGACCACGAUCGAAAAAAUCAAGGCAGAACAGAGCAAGCAGCCGCCCACUCCUCUGCUGGGGCGCAAGUUCUUUGGGGACCCCACAGAACUGGCAGCUAAAGCGGCACCCCUGCUGCGGCCAGGGGGCUACGAGAGGGGCUUGGAGCCCCUGGCCCGCCGGGCCUCGGAUGCGUUGUCUGCCGAGGUGCGGACCCGGGUGGGGUACGUGCGCCAGGAACUCAAGCCUGAGCGCCUCCAGCCGCGCAUCGACCGGCUGCCGGAGGUCCCAGGGAGGGUUGAGCCCGUGGCCCCACCAACCGCACCAGAGAACGUGGUGGAGACCCCCGGGACCCCCGUGGUAGCAGAACAGGUCCGGCCGCGGCCAGAGCGCCAAGAGUCUGCUGAUCGCGCGGAGGAAUUGCCCAGGAGGCGGAGGCCAGAGCGGCAGGAAUCAGCAGAUCAACCCGAAGAGGCCGCACGGAGGCGGAGGUCGGAGCGGCAGGAGUCACUGGAGCACGAGGGGGUACACAGCCUUACCCUGGGCCGCUACGAGCAGAUGGAGCGGCGGCGCGAGCGGCGUGAACGGAGGUUGGAGCGGCAGGAGUCCAGUGAACAGGAGACACCCGCCAGAGGAGAGCUGGCCAGAGGGAAAGCCACCCUGGCUGACAUUGUGGAGCAGCUGCAGGAGAAAGAGGCAGGCCCAGGGCUCCCUGUUGGGACGUCGCUGCCUCAGCCUCGAGAGCUACCCCCCGGCCGCCUGCCCAACGGGCUUGAGCCUCCCGAACGGACACCUCGGCCGGACCGGCCGCGGGCGCGGGACCGGCCCAAGCCCCGACGACGGCCGCGGCCCCGCGAAGGCGGUGAAGGCGGGGGAAGCCGGCGCUCGCGCUCAGCCCCGGCCCAGGGCGGCUCCGCCCCCGCGCCUCCGCCACCACCCACCCACACUGUGCAGCACGAGGGCUUCCUGCUGCGCAAGCGUGAGCUCGACGCUAACCGCAAGUCGUCCAAUCGGUCGUGGGUGAGCCUGUACUGCGUACUCAGCAAGGGGGAGCUGGGCUUCUACAAGGACGCCAAAGGCCCGGCAUCUGGGGGCACUCAUGGUGGGGAGCCACUGCUCAGCCUGCACAAGGCCACCAGCGAGGUGGCUAGUGACUACAAGAAAAAGAAGCACGUCUUCAAGCUUCAGACCCAGGAUGGCAGCGAGUUUUUGCUCCAGGCUAAAGAUGAGGAGGAGAUGAACGGCUGGCUGGAGGCUGUAGCCGCCUCGGUGGCGGAACACGCGGAGAUCGCCCGCUGGGGACAGACACUACCCACUACCUCGUCUACAGACGAGGGCAACCCCAAGCGGGAGACAGGGGAACGCAGGGCCAGUGGGCGCCGGAAGUGACUUCACACCCCCAGGACCUGACACAACUCCCCGCCUCUCCUCUCCGCACUGUGGGCACAAAGACACUUUUUCUUCCGCAGGGAUGGAGCCCCUCGUUCCACCAACACUGCGGAAGCGCUUUGACGGGCAAUGGAAAGGAGGGGACUUCUCUUGCACCCCCAAAAGUGGUGGGGGGAUUGCCGCCCCUAUAGCCAUAUCUCGGCCCCUUCCCGCUCGCCAUCCCCACCCCAGGUGCUGGGGCUCCAUUAUUUUUAUGCAAUAACUGAGCUUGGGGGAGCGGGUAAGGGGCCCGUUGAGCCAAGCCCCCUGCCUGGAUCCCCAGAUCCUGCCCCAGGAAGCUGGGGUGGUAGGGGCGAUAAUUCCUGCCCUCCUCUCCGCCCUAGGGAUGGGUAUGGGGGCGCUGGUGAGGUCCCCUGGACCAUCCAGGGUGCUAGGGGGUGGGGAGGGGACGGCCCCUCCCCGCCUUUACCUCACUUCCAAUGCUGCCUUGAUCUCUGUCUGGGAAGGGGGAGUGAAGGGGCCCAAGCCCCCGCACUCCGCCGUCUCAGAGCCAUGCGGUUAAUUCCUGACUUAGUUUAUUUUUGCAAAACGUGGACCUCCUCCUCCCACCCUACACCGCCGCCCCGCAUCCGCGAAGGCAUUAAAUGGGAGGGACGUCAAAGCUCAAAACAGUCUUCCUCUUUCCUCCCCCUCUCAUGUUGUCAAUGCCACUUCGUGAGGGGAGGGGCGAGGGGAAGCCCUCCCCCUGCAUGCUUCAGGCUGAAGCACCUUCCAGGAGAGUGGGGGGAACCGGAUUGUGGACAGCCCCCGUGACCUCCUGGAGAAGUCGCUGGGGCUCGGGGGUGUGGGGCGGUGUGGCAGGCGCACACUGUAUGUACCUAUAAUAAAUCCUUUGGCUUUGACGAUC